AUGAGACCCAGCUCAAUUAGCGCAGACGGCAUCAAGGUCUUCGCUGGCGCUGAGCAGGAUGCCAACCUCUUCUUCAUCACCGUCGAGGCCAAGCUCAUCGCCGCUGGCAUCGACGCUGGCAUCAUCGCCGAGGGUGGUGCUGACCACCAAGGAGACGGGCAGGCUCCAGCAGCUGCCUCAUUGCCGAGCCCAAGCACCCACGGAGGGAGCCGCAGCCGCAUCCAGUUUGCCACAUGGAGCGUGCCUCUGCUGCCGUCCAAGGACACCGGCCAUCUCUUCCUCUACGCCAGCACCACGACCUCCCAACAAGCCACGGCGCUUGCGGGGGAGCUCGUGCACAGCAGCGAUGGGGAAGCCGAGGAUGCUGACGAGGGCGCCUCUGCACACGACGUGCUAGGCCAUCGCAGCAGCGCGGCCGUCGACGCCAUCCGGCAGCAGAUUGCCCAGGCCUCUUCCAAGCACAUCGUCACCUGUGGACCAUGUGCGCUUGGCAAGAGCACGCGCGCCUCCAUCCCGAAGCAGUCUGCUCCACGCAGCGCUGGGCCAUGCCAGCUGCUCUACGCAGACAUCGCCGGUCCGCUGGAGGAGACGUCGCUGCGAGGUGCACGCUACGCGCUGACCUUCAUCGACGACUGCACGCGUUUCGCCUGGACGUUUCUCAUCCGGCACAAGAACGACGUCGGUGCGGCCCUGGAGCAGCUGCGCAAGGACCGCCACGUCGUCAACGCGCUCCGAGGCGCCACGCUGCAGACGGACAGCGACGCCGUCUUCAAGAGCCAGGACUUCACCGACCUGUGCCUGGCCUUCGACAUCAAGCAGCGCUUCUCGCCACCGCACUCGCAGGCCAAGAACGGAUCCGCGGAGCGCACCUUCCGCACCCUCUUCGAGACGGCGCGUACGAUGCUGUUUGCUGCGGACCUGGACAGCCCUUCGCCGGCCUACGUGCAUGUGGAGAAGAGCAGCACGCGGCACAAGCUUGACCCACGCUCACGCGUUGGCGUCUACGUCGGCUUCGCCGAGGAGGACCAGGCCCACGUCGUCUGGAUGCCGGACACGCGACGCGUUGUCCACACCAUCCACGCACGCUUCGGCGCCAUCAAGAACAAGGACGUCGCCUCCUCUCAGCAGCAGCAAGAGCAGAACAGCGGUGCCUCUGCUUCGCAUGCCAACAAGACCGCUCAGCGUUCAACCGAGGACAGUGCCACCGGCGCUCCCACUGCACCACGUGUGGGGGAGCCGCAGCUCCAGCCACGCGCCCUUGGCGGCUCCGUCUGGGACCAGCUGCUGUUGUCCGGGACCCUCGGCGACAAGGACACCUCUGGUGGCUCAACCACCACGUGUCACGUUGCCACCAGCGCUGCUGGUACGGGGGAGAAGACAUCAGCAGUGGGUGGUCAUCUACCAGACAUCGCUGCUGGCAGUGUUGCCACGUCAGCUGAGCCAGCCACCGUCAAGGAGGCGCUUGCCUCGCCAGACUGUGAGGAGUGGCGCCAAGCCAUCCUGGACGAGUUUGCGGCAAUGCAGGCCAAUGACGUCUACGACGUCGUGCCUCGCGCUGACCUUCCCAAGGGCCACAAGCUGCUCCGCAGCAUGGUCAUUUUUCGGAAGCGUGACGACCAGGGCAAGGUGAUCAAGUACAAGGCGCGCUGGGUUGCCAAGGGCUACUCCCAGGUCCACGGUGUCAAUUAUACGGACACCUUUGCCCCGACGGCCACCAUCUCAGCCAUCCGCACCAUGCUCGCCAUGGCCGUCGCGCGUGGCAUGGACAUCCAGCAGAUGGACGUCAACACGGCGUUCCUCAACGCGCCCGUGGAUCACGAGAUCUACGUCCAGCCACCGGCCGUCGACGGCAUCUUCUCGCCGAAUACGGUCCUGCGCCUCAAGCGCGGGUUGUAUGGCCUGAAGCAGAGCCCGCGCCUGUGGAACCACACGCUGGACGCCUGGAUGCGCGAGCAGGACUUCGUCGCCACAGCCACGGACGCCUGCAUCUACCGCCGCACCCGCACAGGUGGCAAGGUGAUGUGGGUUGCCGUCUACGUGGACGACCUGCUCAUCUUCGCCGACGGCGACAACGACAUGGCCGCCUUCAAGAAGGCCAUCUCCAAGCGCUUCAAGAUGAAGGACCUGGGCAGCCCAGACAUAUGUCUCGGCAUCAAGGUGCAGCACAACCGCAAGGCCAGGACCGUCACCAUGAGCCAGGAGCACUACCUGCGCAACGUGCUGGAGACCUUCGGCAUGGCUGACUGCAAGCCGGUCGGCACGCCGCUCUGCACGGGCUACGUCGACAAGCCAGCCGACAAGGAGGAGCCACUCCCGGACGUGCCGUUCCGCGAGCUGCUUGGCUCCCUCCUCUAUGCUGCGACGAUGACGCGCCCAGACAUCUCGGCGGCUGUCUCCAUCCUGUCUCGCCGUAUGCAGCACUUCGGCAUGGACCACUGGAAGGCUGCCAAGCACCUUCUUCGCUACAUCAAGGGCACCUUGUCCUACACCAUCAAGUACGCCGCCACUGGCGACACCAGCAACGGCAGCACUGCCGACGGCGUGCUCUCAGCGUACUCGGAUGCGUCAUUCGCCUCCGACGUUGACACGCGACGUUCCCGCACGGGCUUCCCGGCGCAGCGCGUUGCCGAACACGCCGCCUCGCGCAUGCGGCACAUCCUCGUCAAGUAUCAAUACAUCCGCGAGUGCGUCGACACCAAGAGGAUUGUGCUGAGCUACCUCGCCACGGAGCACAUGAUCGCAGAUCUCCUCACGAAGAUCCUCCCUCGGCCCAAGACGGCUCAGUUCUGCACGAUGCUGUUCGACCAGCGUCCUCUGCCAGGCUGCCAGCCACGGGCCCGUCCUCAUUCGGGCCGGUCGCCACGUCCUUCGACUCCGCGUCAGGACCUCUGA